AUGGCAGAAUAUCAUGGCCUAUCAGAAAUAUUCACUACCACAGAAACAUCACUUUGCAACAAUUUAUUCAAAUCAUCAAAUCCUCCUUUUCAUUCUCCCACAGCCCUCAUCCUAGAAAUUUCUCCCAACCCUUUUCCUAUAACCACAAAAUUAUCCGACCUUAGUACUAAUUUCAUCCCUAUUAUCAAGAACAAUUGCAAUCUUGAUAAUUUGGAAAUUUCGGACCCCGAACUCGAGACUUUUAAGUCCAAAUUUAAUGGCGAGAAUAAUAAUUGCAACGUUUAUGUAGCGGGUCAUGUGAUUGUUUUUCCUAGCUACAAUGGUUUUUUUGAGAAGCCUGGUUUAUAUUUAGACCAAAUGUUUGUGAGGAAGUGUUAUAGGGGGAUGAGGUUUGGAAAAAUGUUAUUUUCUGCCGUUGCAUCGCAAGCUGAGAAAAUGGGAAUGGGGAUGGUUGAUUGGCUUGUGGCUGAUUGGAAUGAAGAAAGUAUUAAUUUCUAUGAGAAAAUGGGGGCUCAUUAUAUUCCGGAAUAUAGGCUUUGUAAAUUGUAUGGAGAUCAGCUUCAACAAUAUGCCAAGAAAUCUGAUUGA